ACGCUACUCCGGGCCCUAGCCCCUGCCCUGCAAUGGCUCCCGGGGCUCCCUCGUCCAGCCCCAGCCCUAUCCUGGCUGUGCUGCUCUUCUCGUCUUUGGUGCUGUCCCCCGCCCAGGCCAUCGUGGUUUACACGGACAGGGAGGUCCAUGGUGCUGUGGGCUCCCGGGUGACCCUGCACUGCUCCUUCUGGUCCAGCGAGUGGGUCUCAGAUGACAUCUCCUUCACCUGGCGCUACCAGCCCGAAGGCGGCCGCGAUGCCAUAUCGAUCUUCCACUAUGCCAAGGGGCAACCCUACAUCGAUGAGGUGGGGACCUUCAAAGAGCGCAUUCAGUGGGUAGGGGACCCUCGAUGGAAGGAUGGUUCCAUUAUCAUACACAACCUGGACUAUAGCGACAACGGCACUUUCACCUGUGACGUCAAGAACCCACCAGACAUAGUGGGCAAGACCUCUCAGGUCACGCUCUACGUCUUCGAAAAAGUGCCAACUAGGUACGGCGUUGUGCUGGGGGCUGUGAUCGGGGGUGUCCUGGGGGUGGUGCUGUUGCUGCUGCUACUCUUCUACCUGGUGCGGUACUGCUGGCUGCGCAGGCAGGCCGCCCUCCAGAGGCGACUCAGUGCCAUGGAGAAGGGAAGAUUUCACAAGUCUGGAAAGGACUCGUCUAAGCGCGGCCGGCAGACGCCAGUCCUGUACGCCAUGCUGGACCACAGCAGAAGCACCAAAGCGGCCAGUGAGAAGAAGUCCAAAGGGCUGGGGGAGUCUCGCAAGGAUAAGAAAUAGCGGUUAGCGGGCCGGGCGGGGGGUCGGGGGUCAGGGGCGGAGCCCUCCAAAAGCUCUCCAAAGGUGGUGGUCAUCGAGAUGGAGCUGCAGAAGGAUGAGCAGAGCUCCGAGCUCCGCCCUGCGGUCAAGUCCCCCAGCAGAACCAGCCUCAAGAACGCCCUCAAGAACAUGAUGGGCCUGGACUCCGACAAAUGAUCGCCACCCCACCCCCACCCAGGCCCUUGCCCGAGCACGGGGACUAGGCUCCUCUUAUUCCGUCUAGGUGCUUUCCUCCCCGGCUCCCCAGCCCUGCCCACCUUGUCCCUCCCUUUGAGAUGUAAGUUUCAUUCCAAAAAGGCAUUCCCCAGUCAGUUCAUCGUCUCCUCCAUCUUCACCCCCUAGCUCUCCUGGACUUCAUGACCUGAUGCUACCCAUCUACCCCAGCCAAGGACUGUGUGUUUGGUGCCCAACUCUUGGGCACUGAGAAGAAAGGGACCUUGAUUAAGCGCCCUGGCCCCCCCCCCCCCCAAAUGCAGGCCACUUGGCUUUCUCUUCCCCUACACCCAGCCACUGGCUCCUUCCUGUCUGCCCCACCCUGCAUCGGAGGCCCAGCCCCAUACUCUGUCCUCCCGGCUAACACCCAGACCACCCAGGUCAGGUUCUCCUUCAGGGUUUAUUUAGGAUGCUUUUUUUUUUUUCUCUUUUUCCUUUUUCACUUGUGCCCACGAUCUGCCCUCUCUCCUCAUGACUGAGAACCAAUGACGUCAUGUGGCUUUUUCAAUUCCCCACCCCCACUAAGUCCCAAAUGGAGAGCCAGUCCAAGAGCCAAGUGCUGGGGUUCCCAAAUCCUCAACUUCAGCGACAGGAUUAGUGACCCCUGACCCCUUUGGAGCACAGUUCUGGGACUAUGGAUCUUGGGGGGAGGACAGAGAGACUAUGGACCUUCACCGGUCAGGGGUGAAAGAGGGGGCAAGCUAGCCUUAAGAAAUGGUUUUUAAACAAUCAAACUCAAAGCAGGAAAAACAAAAUGGAAAAUGGGGGAGAAAGGGAAGAGGCAGCACUCCUGGCCACAGGGGAUUCUUAGGAUUUUUCUACAUUCUGUAUAUUUCUUCUCAAACACCCAAAUGCCCCUAAAUGUUUAAUAAACACUGACAUUUCCAAAA